GGGCGGGCGAUGUGGGGUGCUGCCUCUCCUUACCCCCGGGGAACUCCCAGCGCAGAGGCCACAGCCGGGUUGUCCCUGCCCUGGGUGGCAGCUGUGUGCAGGCUCCUGCCAAGCGUGACUGGAGGGUGUGCUGGGUUUCCUGCUUCCCCGAAAGAGACAAAAAUCGGUGAAGCCCAGACUCAUGCUCUUAGUGGACGCUGUGCCUCGUCCUUGCAGCAAAGGAAGUUAUUUUAGAAAGAAAGAAUACAUGUAAGAAGCAAGAUGUCUCAUGCCGGGAGACAAUACCAAGAUAAGCAAUACAGGCACCAUGAGAAUUAUGGAUCUGAUAGAUACGAAGAAGACAGAAGAACGAGAAAACCAUACCCAUACAAUGCACGAUCAACAGAAGACAUCCGAGGUGGCCAGCGCUCAAAGACUUCCACUGUUUGCUCAGACCCUUACUCUAAAAUCUCAGAAACAGGACGGGAAUAUUUUGGCCCACCACCAGACCGUUAUCCUCCCAAGGAAACCUUCUCAAUGAAGUGUUCAAAGGUAUGCACGACAAGAGGCAUUUUGAAGUUUGUGGAAAUCACGGUUAACCUCCUGGUGCUGAUCUGUGUGGGCGCUGCCCAGGCCUCUGUCGCAGGUUUCACCUCCCUCGGCGGCUUUGGGUCCUUCAACCUGAAUUCAGCCUAUAGCCCCUUUGAGGGCACGGAGCUGCGGGAGGUGCGGGAGCUGGACAUGCAGUUCACCCAGAUGAGAGCCCCUUGCGUGUACGGCGGCGUGGCCUUCAGCUUAACAGCAGCCGCGCUCACCCUCGUCUUCCUCGUCGUGGGGGCAAAACCCAUCCAGCAGCUCAGGGUCGGGCUGCUGGCGGGCGAGUGCGCCUUCAACCUGCUGGCCGGCGUGUUGUACGUCGCGGCCGUUGGCCUCUACCUGCAUUUUGUCAGCCGGGUGAACUCCACGGAGGUGUGCAAGAGGCGCGAGAGGCUGUACGCCCGCCGGGGUUACACCUCCAUGAACUGCGUGGUCCAGGGCGGCGACGCGGCCGUCGGCCUUUUCGGUGUGGCCGCUGCCUGCUUGUACUUUGCCAGCUUCGUGGUCUGCAUCCUGGCUAUCCGAACCGUCCAGGCCUUCCAGAGCCACGCGGCCAAGGCUCAGCACAGCCCCAAAAGCAGCAUUAGAGACAGAAGCAUCAGAAAGCCCCGUGCCGUGCACAGGACCUCUGAAAGCUCCCACAACAUCCAGGCUCUUGCCACGUUGGUGUGAAGUCAGCUCUGGGACUGUGCCGGAGAGCAGGAGCUUCAGCAAGGGAUGGACACUGGGCUUUGCGUGCUGAAGAGGUGACCGGUCCACAACGUGACUGUCCCACAAGGUGCUGAAGUGUAUAUUGAUCACCAGAUGUAACAGCUCUGCUAUAACGAUGCAAUAAAAUUGUCAUUGAGAUGUUUUCACAAGG